AUGUUUCAAUAAUCAGAAGCAACUCUGGGAUAUAAUAGAAAUUAAACAGAAAAUUAGCCAGAUUCUCAAAGAGAUUCCUCUGUUCAAUAAAAUCCACUUUAAUAGGUUUUAACAGAUGAAUAAAAAUCAAUUGGAAUCCUCAACCCUUAUGUUUUCACAUCAUAUAAUAUGCCAAAAAUCAAUUGCUAUAAUCAUUUUGGUCAAACCAUCACUAAUUUUUGCAAAACUCAAGAAUGCAGAUUACCAUUAUGCCCAGAAUGUGUAAAAGAGCAUGUGAAUGAACAUUCUGAGUUUAAGACAUAUCCUAAAUUGGAAUGCUUGGAAAACAUAUUGACUUAAGUUCACUCAGAUAUUUGCUAAUAAGCCAAUUAAAUUACUCAUGCAUAAUAUGGUAUUGAAAAAUCUGUUGCUCAAGCAUAUGCUUAAACUACUUUCACUGUUGAGAAACUUAAAGAAGCUAAGAAAAGAAUUCUAAAUGUUAUUGAGUAAUACUUUGACACUCUAGAGAAUGAAUUGGAAAAUAAAUAAAAGAAAAACUAUGAAAAUUUCAAAAGAGAUGCAGAUGCACUUCUGAAAGCCUUAAAAGCCAGAAAUGGAGCAUAUCUUAAUUUUUUAGAUAAACUCUAACAACCAGAAUGCAUGUAUUCUCUACUACCAUAUCUUGCAUCUCCAAGUUAAGAGGAUAACUAAUAAUACCUUUAAAUCGCUAAUAAAUUUACUAGCAGAUUCAAAGAAGUUCAAUCUGAAAUUACUUUUGACUCCUUCAAAUCAGCUUAAUUAAGUUCGCGCUUAUCAGAAAUCGUUGGUGUCAUCCAUUAAGAUCUUACGGAAUAUUUAGACAUCCAUAAGCUAGCCCCGCCAGAAAUUGUGAAGAGCAAAGCUUUAACACUGAAAUCCCAAAAUAAUCAAAUAUAAAAAAAGGCAUCAUCUCCACAGCAACGUUAGAGAAAUUUGAGCAAAACAUAUUAAUUAUAAGAAAAUAAGGAUAAAGAGAUUAUCAAAGUUAAUCCUAAUUAAAACUAGAUUGAAUAGACUGUUCGAUAUUAAUAGAUUAACCCUUAGUCUAUUCAAAUUCAAUAGUAUUAAUCUCCUUCAAAUUUCAACUCCUUGAAUCAGAACUAUCCUUAAUAGUUUACUUAGUAAUAGCCUCAAUAUUACUCCAAUCAGCCUCAAUAUUCAGCUUAACUUCCUUACAAUCAAUAAAGAUAUUAGUAACAGGUCCCAUAUCAAUAAUACUUAUAGUAUGAUCAGAAUGCCUAAUAUUAAAAUACAAUUAAUCCUAUUUAGAAAUAUUAUUGA